AUGCCUCUGGAAACCAUUCAAAGGGAAGAAACAGCGAGUGCUGCCCCAUCCAGGAAUCCUACCCCAGUCCCUAAGGAUAAGGGUAAACGCCGUGCUUCUGCCUCCUCUCCCAGUGCUGUUAAGAAAGUAAAGCUUGACCAGAAAGCAAUCGAAGCUGCUAAGCACACCGUUACCAACUGGAAACAGUUUCUUCCCCAGGCGCUUCUCGGCUCUGUCCUUGCCUGUGAUGAUUUCGAAGAUUGGAAACGGGCUUCACGUUGUUUGGUAUCUGUAUUGUUUUUCAAGAUUCGGGGUCCCCUGGUAGCGCAUAGAAAGAGUCUGGGCAACGCAAUAAUUCCACCCGCACUGCGCUCAAAGGGAGUAGACCUUCAUGCAUGGCUGACGUUUCUUCUUUCCGAGUUACAAUCGACCAUCAUCCAUAACCAUUGGAUCAAGACCAGAGAAGCUCUUGAGUCUUAUGGUGAAGAUAAUUGUGCCCGAGCACGAGAGGAAGCCCGCAGGAAUCGCGAAGUUACUCACGCAAGAAAUGGAGACAUCGCAGCUUUCCCCACUCCGGAAUCUGUUCAAGAGGUUAUUACCUUAUCAUUUAAGGAUAUUUUAAGUCUCUGGGCCCCUAUCCUACGUGAUAUCCACCCUAGGUACCUUAACGAAAACGAAAGCGACAAUCAGUCUGAUAACUGGCUAGCAAACCUGGAGAGUUCGUCAUACGAUAUUUUAGCAAGGUUUGCGUCCGGAAAUCUUUAUGCCAUUCCCGGAUCAGAAUACUCGCCACACUCUCGCGCUAUAGAUUUGAGGGCUACCAGCUGCGUAUUAACGGAGCUCGCUUGGCCGGAGGUUAUCAUCCCGGAGGCUUGGUCGGAUUACCCCAAUGAUUGGGGUACCCUUGCCGAUAUCUGGCCAAGGCAUGAUGAUAACGUCAACCGGCUCGAGGUACUUAGCGAUGACGAGGGCGGUGAGGGUGGGGGCGUAGGCCUCGAUGAAGAAGAUAUAAACACCGUCUUUCCGCCGGUUUCUAGGUUCCCAGAGACUGGUGGCCCGGAACUGCCCGCUGAUGUCCUUGAACGUAUUGAAACCACCCAUAGAGCGGAUGUAGAGGAUACAUCCAAGGUUAUCAACGUACUUCUCACGGGAAAGGACAUGUGGAAGGGGUUCAGGUUCAACUUUUAUCCGGGAAAUGAAGCAGAGCGGUCUCAGCUUUCCGAAGAGUAUAUCACUCAGGAAUCGAGCCUUAUUGCGCAGAUGUCCAAUUCAGCGCAAGCGAUUUAUCUUACUGAGAAAUUCCGGCAACAGAAGGAGCAGCUAGUUCUUGUUGGAACCAUGAUUAAGCGGAAGGAGAAAUGUCUGGACGAAGACAUUGCCAAGCUCACCCAAGAGGCAGCGGAGUCUCAGUGUUUCGCUGACGAGCUUCAAGAUACAUGGGCGUCAUUUCGUGCAAAAGCCAAAGAAAGGGAGGAGAGGGUGAAGGGACUUGCCAGGUCCAAGCUGGCCUCCGGGAACAUCCACUUCCAGUCCGGUGAUGACCGCCUGACCCAAAUGGUCAAUCCCACCCCGAAAAGAACUCCUAAAAGACAGGCUCAACCAAUUGGAAACAUCCGACUCCCAGAGCCCUCGGAACAGGAAGCGGAGUCCCAGAAACCGGAGUCUCCGGAUUACCAAAAGAGGUUCGGGGUAAUACCAACAGAACAAGCGACCCCCGACUCGGACCACCAAGAUGAGAAUCCGGGUGAUAGCGAAGGUGAAUCAUGUAUACUCUUGCCACAACAAGAUACUUUGGAGGCAUGA